GCAUUGGUAUUUGAUGAAGGGUGUAUAGGCUUAAUUUUUACAUUUGGUAUAAUUUGAUAGCUUCAUUCCUAAAACUGAUCUGAUUGAUAUUAAGAGCAAAAGAUUUAAGAUGUACAGUCUGUAACAAUGUGGCGUUAAAAUUUAGUCAGUUACAAGGGCAGGGAUGUUUCGAGGACCAAGGGAUUUUUGCCGCCUUGAUCUCAAGCAGUUUGGAGGACACAAGGAUGAGGUAAACAGUGUAGCCUUCUCGCUGGACUUCCAAAUAAUGGUCACAGGCUGCGAUGAUCAGCGGGUUCGUGUGUUUAACACCUUAAACGGGAAACUCGUCUGUAAACUCAAGGGACAUUCAGGAGCUGUGAAAAGUGUUGCAAUAUCCCCUGACAGCAGGACCCUGGCCAGUGGCUCGUUUGACAAAACUGUCCGUGUCUGGAGGAUGAAGGAUGGGGCCCCUCUACACACGUUGGAAGGUCACACAAAGAGUGUUGAAGUUGUGGUAUACUCUCAGGAUUCCUCAAAAGUGUGCUCUGGGUCAUGGGAUAGAUCAGCCAUACUCUGGGAUGUUCAGAAUGGCUACCUGUUAAAAGUGUUUGAAGGUCAUGAUAGUUUGGUGCAAUCUGUCGCAUUCUCAGCGAAUGGAAACAACUUGGCGACGGGGUCCUGGGACUUUACGGUACGCCUUUGGACAGUGGCCAGUCCUGAUGGGAUGGACAAAGUGACCGUUCUCAAAGGUCACAAGGGAAACAUUCACUCUGUUGCUUUCUCCAAAGAUGGCAUGCUGGCAUCAGGCUCAUGGGAUAAAACAGUCAAACUGUGGAAUGGAAGGAAUGGCAGACUAAUACAUUCUCUGUCAGGUCACACUGGGUGGGUCCAGGCAGUGGCGUUUUCCAGUGAUGGUAUCUUUGUUGCUAGCGCUAGUGAUGAUGAAACUGUCCGAGUUUGGGACGUGGUCACAGGAAACUGUAUUAAAGUGCUAGAAGGCCAGACAGACAUUGCUCAGCACUGUGCCUUUACUCCAGGUGGUGCGCUCGUGGCGUCAGGGGCUGCAGGACUGACUCUAGCUCUCACCUGAUCAAACAACACAACUGAUAAAAACCACCAAAUUGCCAAAAAGUCAACAAAAAUUUCAACCAGAAAAAACACACAGCCCUUACCUUGUGGCUAAAAGCAGUGCACACACAAUGAUAAUAAUUUAGAAAAAGCUACCAUUCUCACUAAAUGGAACCAUUCUGUAGAAAACCUGACCUAAAGCUGGAAAACAGCCGAUAAGUUGUUUUGAAAUCUAAAACAAUAACCAAACAUAAUUCUUGAGACAUUCAUACUACAUUACUUCCAUCAAGUAAGGUGCUACCAUUGCUUUAACAGUGUUUAACUGCUGAUAAUAAUUAAUAAUUCUCCUGAAACUUGCAUUUUAUUAAUACAAUAUACAUGUAUUAGGAAGUAUUAUAAUAUGACAAGUUUGAUGGCAUGCAUAUCAAGUAAGAAUUGUUGACAUGGUCUGGAACUGUAAAGGCAAAUAGUCUUCAUUAUGUCAAGCUUGUAGAACUGCAUUUAUAAUUUGUAUAAUUUUGUUCUGCAACCAAUUGUUUAAAACUUGGAUAAGUUGUCCACAUGUUAUUUUAAGGCUAGUUUGCACUUUUAAAUGAUUUGAUUGGCUAAUAUUAAUUUUCGGGUACAUAUUGACCAAUCAAUGAAUAUUUUUACCGGCUAUAACCAAACCAAAGACUUAACCAGUUUUAUACAGUUGGUUAAAGAUUUUUAUUUAUAUUUGAAUGUGUCUUUGAUAUGAAUGUUGAAUUUUACAUUGUCUUCAUAAUUAUUCAGUUUUAUAUGUAAAUAUGUUAUCAUUGUAGUAAUGUGAUAUUUAUAUGGACGAUAUUUCUUAAGAGGUCAUUUUAUGAUAGCAACACCAUUUAUGAUAUAAAUGUGUAUAUUUUGAGUGAUAUGUCUUAAUUAUAAAUAUAAUUUAUUUGAAUUAUUGCUUUGUAGUUUAGUUACUAGAGUUUGUAUAUAUUAUAUAGAUAGAGUAGAUUACAAUUGAUAUAUACUCGUAUACUCAUUACCAGUUAGAAACAGGGUCACUUGAUCUCUUGCAAGCACAGAGAUGUUGUUGUGAAAACCUUCAAAGAGCAGCAAUCUCAUAAAUCAGGGCCUUGUUCAAUAAAAUGGCUUCAUUGUGAUUGUAAUUAUUUAAUACUGUCUAAUGAGGUUACAGGAAAAAAAAUUCUUCUCUGAAUUUGGUUAAAGUGAUCCCUGAGGCCUGAAAAAUCUUUAAAAGCUUAAUAUGUUAUUUCGCUAAGCCAAUUGUCACUUUCUUCAAGUUGAUAACAAACAAAAGUUUAUGGUGAUUAUAAUGAAGGGAAUUUUCUUUAUAAGUUUCAAAAUUCUUCAAAUAAAAAAUACAACACAGAUACCAAAAACCAAAAUAGGAAGCGUACCCUAGCUUGUUCCUGCUAUUUGUUCUCGAGUUUACUAAAUGAAAGCAGAAAGUAGUAUUUUUGAACAUAAUCAAUUAUUGUAGUCAAUAACCGGGCGAUAGAAACAAACCUUCCUUUUAAACAAAAACAUUAAUCUAGAAUUUUAUACUCUUGACAUUUUCACAGAAACCGUAAUACACUCAAAAACAUGUAUCAUUAUCGACAUUUUGCAGGAUUUGUAUUUCUGUAACAUCAAAUACCUGUGUAUCACAAAUAAACCAAAUCACUGUACUAUGAAGGUAUUUUUCGCUAAGUGUAUAUGUUUUUUUGAACGAAAAAAAUAAUUUUCGUAAAAUUGUCAUGAUUUCAGAUUGGUUGUUGUUUUUACCUUUUUGUUUUAUAAUAUGUUUUCUGAUGGUCUACAGAAAUUUAUCAGUGAGAUAUAAUUCAAUUAAAAACAGUGAAAUAACAUUUUAAUGUUGUUCACUGUUUUUGUUUGUUUGGCUGCCCAAUUAAAAUAUCAGCACACCCUCACCUGGGUAAACUAUCAAUGAUGUUAGCUUUAUAGCUGCACUAUCACAGAUUUAAGGCUUUGACAACUUUUUUUUUUGGUCUUGAAAUGAGCCAAAUUUUGCAUAAAUAUAUGAAUACCAGUGAUAUAAGACUUCUGGCAAAAGAUCAGAUUGCACAUUUUCAGAUUUUUUCAUAUUUACAUUCGAAAAUUAAUGUUUGAUGGCUAAAAGCUUUACUAACGGUUUAAGAAAAAUGCAUAAAACAUCAAUUUUUGAACUUAAAUAUGAAAAUCUUGGAUCUGAUUUUUUGUCAGCAGUCUUAUAUCACUUGUUCCAAGACAAAAAAAUUGUCAAAAUGUUUAAUCUGUGAGAGUGCAGCUUUAAGCAUAAAAUAAAGAUUAUUGUUUGAUCAGUGAGGUAAAGAUAUUGUUUCAUCUUGUGAUCAUAGAAGAUUUAGAUAUAACUUAAGGUGCUCACUGGAUGAAAUAUAAUCAAUAUCUCAUUGAGAGAAGUCUUAAUAUUAGCUCUAAGCUAUCUCUUUAUUCCUUUACCCUGUAUACUUGUAACAUGCGGAUAUAUUAACAACAUAUGAAUAAAUACUGUUUAACUUUAAACCAAUAUCUCAAUGAAACAGACAAAUGUCUUAUAUAUAUCUUACAUUUUGAUAACAUGUUCCAGAUUUAUUUACUAUAUGUUCCUGGGACAAUUUAAAUUAUAAGAAAAGCUUAUAGGCAUUUAUAUUGUUGUUUUGUAGCAAAACAUUGUGAUUGUUACUAUGUGAAUUAUGAUAUUAAUUGAUUAGCGAGUUGAGCAGCUGUUACUUUCAGCGUCUUAUUUUUGCCGAUUUAUGUUAAUAUUGUCCAUGUAUAAAAGUAAAGCAAAGUGUUUGUUUAUUGCUAUACACUAGUCACCCUUUAAAAAUAAGGACCAAUAUGCUGGACUUAUGAGAAACCUUGAUUAAUGAACAUCUUUACUCCUCAUUCCUAUCCUACAUGCCAGGGCGCAGAAAGGCAAUCCAUUCCCAUUUAUUAUCCCCCGCCGAAUGGAAGAUUUCGGGAGGGGGAUAUUGUUUUGGCGUUGUCCGUCUGUCAUUCCAACCGUCUGUCCGUCCGUCCGGUACCAUAUCUUUGUAGGCAUUGAUCGUAAAAUGUUAAAACUUGGUCAGAAUGUUCCCCAUGAUCAAAUCUCGACCACUUUUAAAAGUGGGUCACUUUGGGUCAAAAACUAGGUCACUAGGUCAAAUCUUAGAAAUAUCUUUGGAACAUACUAGAGGCAUUAUACAUGGUCAAAUAUUCAUUAUACUUAAUCAGAAUGUUUUCCUUGAUGAACUCUUGGUUGUAAAUAAAACUGGGUCACAUGUGAUCGAAAAUUAGGUCACUAGGUCAAAUCUUAGAAAAAUAUUGUCCAGAACCGUAUCAUGGUAAUGAUUGGUCAACUUAUGUUCAAAAUUGGUCAUAAUGUAUGCCUUGAUGAAAUAUAGACCACUUAAGAAAGUGGGUCACAUUCUGUCAAAAACUAGGUCAGUAGGUCAAAUCUUAGAAAAAUCUUUGGAACAUACGAGAGGCCAUAUACAUGGUCAAAUAUUCUUUAAACUUAAUCAGAAUGUUUUCCUGGAUGAAAUCUUGGACUUAUUUGAAACUGGGUCACAUAUGAUCGAAAAUUAGGUCACAAGGUCAAAUCUUUCAAAAAUCUUGUCCGAAACUAAUUUAUGAUGGUGAUUGGUUUGAUUAAGUUCAAACAUGGUCACAAUGUUCUUUUGUGUUAAAUUUCAACUGCGUUUUAAAAGAUUGUCAUAUGGGUCAAAAACUAUGUCACUAUGUCAUAUCUAACAGAAAUCUUGGGAACACUCUAGAGGCAAUACAUCUGCUCUAAUUUCCAUGAAACUUAAUCAGAAUUGCUCAAUGAAAUCUUGGAAUAGUUUGAAACUAGUAGGUCAUGUGGGGUCAAAAAUGAGGUCACUGGGUCAAAUCUUAAAAAAACCUUGGGGACACACUAGAGGCAAUAUAUCUGGACCAAUCUUUAUGAAACUUGAUCAGAAUGUUUGCCUUGAUGAAAUCUAAGAUUAGUUUGGAACUGGGUAACAUGGAGUCAAAAACUAGGUUUCUUGGUCAAUUCUAAAUGUUACAUUAUAUACAUUUUUUUUUAUUUCAAACAGUUGCAAUCAAACUAAACUCAUAUAUAUAUAUAUAUAUAUAUAUUUCAUCAACAAUUGAUUUCCUUGACUUAGCCCAAUCAGGCGGGGGAUAUCAAUUAAACGAAUUUGCUUGUUUAACUAGCAGCUGGGUCAGCAACCAGCCAUAUCAAAAUGUGGACUAGCAGGUUUGGACUCAAACUUUCAAUCUCCAGCUCUGUAGGAUAACGCUCUAGCCACUAGGCCA